GCUUCCCCGCCACCUCCUUCCUUCCCAUCUGUCCUUGCGCGGGUCCUGUGUCUGGGGUGGAGGGAGGAGGAGGAGAGGAGGAGGUGGCGGGUGGCGUUGCGGCAUCGUCGGCUCGGCCUGUAGAGCCCGAGCCCCACCCAUCGCCCCCGCCACCACCGGUGGUGGCCGUCAUUUUAUGUUAGCGAGCGCCCAGUGAGGGGGGAAGAGGUGGGGGUGGCCGGUGAACUGGCAGUGCCGUGCGUGUGGGCGGGGCCGGCGCGGCGGCAGGUACUCUCCCUUCUACCGCCUCCCUUUCCUCUCUGUCAGGCCGAGCAGGGGCAACGCUGCCUGACAAACCAGUUACGGGAGGUGUGUUAACAAUCCUUCUGACCCGCCGGGCCUUUCCCCAGUUCCGCCGCAGCCGAGCUUAGGCCUCUCCGUUCUCGCUCCCUCUAAUUCCCCGCCUCCCAACCCCCAUCCUUUGAGUGCCUGCUGUCAGACAAGCGCUCACCCUCCCUUCUCCCGCCUCAUAUCCGGAGAGAGCAAGAUCGAGCCUCCCUGUCGCCCACCAGCUACCACCACCACCACUGUCAUCAUCCUCUGAGGAAGAAGCUUUAGCACCGCCACCGCCGCCUCUCCUCCUCCUCCACUUUUUCCUCCAGGGCUAUCAUCCAAGAGACACAAAUUCGCACCGGGGCUGGAGCAAACGUUGCCGUCGUGAGCGCAGCGGCGCAGACAUGAAGAUCAAAGAUGCCAAGAAGCCAUCUUUUCCAUGGUUUGGUAUGGACAUUGGAGGAACCCUAGUGAAACUCGCAUACUUUGAACCUAUUGAUAUUACUGCAGAAGAAGAGCAGGAAGAAGUUGAAAGCUUGAAAAGUAUUCGCAGAUAUUUGACAUCAAAUGUAGCCUACGGAUCCACCGGUAUUCGGGAUGUCCACCUUGAACUCAAGGACUUGAUACUCUUUGGGCGAAAGGGAAACCUGCACUUUAUCCGAUUCCCAACUCAUGAUUUGCCUACUUUUAUUCAAAUGGGAAGAAAUAAAAACUUCUCAACACUGCAUACAGUGCUGUGUGCCACUGGCGGUGGUGCCUAUAAGUUUGAAGAAGACUUUCGCACAAUUGGAGACCUCCAGCUGCACAAACUGGAUGAACUUGACUGCCUUGUCAAAGGCUUGUUGUAUAUAGAUUCUGUCAGUUUUAACGGCCAGGCAGAGUGCUAUUAUUUUGAAAACGCAUCAGAACCUGAAAGAUGCCAAAAGAUGCCUUUUAACCUGGAUGAUCCAUACCCAUUGCUGGUUGUAAACAUUGGUUCAGGAGUCAGUAUUCUAGCUGUCCAUUCCAAAGACAACUAUAAGAGAGUAACUGGAACAAGUUUAGGUGGUGGGACCUUCCUUGGUUUGUGCAGCUUACUGACUGGGUGUGAAAGUUUUGAAGAAGCUCUAGAAAUGGCAUCCAAAGGGGACAGCACACAGGCCGACAAGCUAGUCCGGGAUAUUUAUGGUGGAGACUAUGAACGGUUUGGCUUGCCAGGGUGGGCAGUGGCAUCCAGCUUUGGGAAUAUGAUCUACAAGGAAAAACGGGAAUCUGUUAGUAAAGAAGAUCUGGCUAGAGCAACGUUGGUUACUAUCACCAAUAACAUUGGAUCUAUAGCACGAAUGUGUGCUGUAAAUGAGAAAAUAAACCGUGUUGUCUUUGUUGGUAACUUUUUACGUGUGAAUACAUUGUCGAUGAAGCUUUUGGCAUAUGCACUGGAUUACUGGUCCAAGGGCCAAUUGAAGGCUUUGUUCCUAGAACAUGAGGGAUACUUUGGAGCAGUUGGUGCCCUCCUUGGAUUGCCAAAUUUCAGCUGAAGUUCAAAGCAUCACAAAACUGAAUUAUUCCCUACCUUUCUGGCAUUAUUACAACACUGUUUUUUAUAUCAACUGGAACCAAAGGGCCGCUGUCUUGCUAUAAAUGUCUUUAAUUGUAAGAAUGAUAAACUGUCUCACAGAGACAGAGUUUGAAACCUAGUUGUUUCUGUAAGAAGUGUAUGGCAACCUCCAAGAAAUACAGUACAGCCUCUGAGAAACGAGCCUCAAAAUUGGAAUUGGAAUAUUAGCUUUAGUUUAUCUGUCCAAACCCUGCAAUGCUAAUCAAAUUUUGCCCCAAAAAUUCCCCUUAAGGCUAUUAGAUUGCAUCUAGUUGUGUAAGUCUUUAGCUUUGUGCUGAAUGUUUGUUUGUGUAAUUUUCCAUCAGCUCAAAAAAUUGACCUUGGCCACAACUAAGUGCCAUUUGCUAAAAAAGAAGUUCUUUGAUGCAGAGGAUUUUCCAUCAAUGCAAGGAGUUUACAGUGUGUUGAAAUACAUAAUUCAGACUUCCAGUAUUAAGGUUUCCAGAGAAUAAAAAUAAAAAUAUCAGCAAAGACUUUGUACAAUUGAUUUAAGGCGAGUUAAGCAACUGGAUAUGCUUAUGUAUGGCUACCAACUGUAUAGUCACAUUUUGUUAAGCUUUGCAGUAUCCUACUUCACUUAAUGUUUAACCGAUAACUUGCCUUUGUGAAAGGUUCUUCCAUAUAGGAUUUUCAGGCAAACCUUGAAAGGUUUUAAAAGGUUGACAAUAGAAAAAAUCUUUAGCUCUAAAUCACCCAUUUCUAUAAAAAUAUGCUAGUAGAUGUUCCUGAGAACAAAGGAGCAAUAAUGUUGCAGUUGUUGGAUUGACAGAUCCAAAGGGAUGUUUCUUGCGCAAUUUCUCAGUUUAUAUAAACACAUUGGAAAAAUUGGCCCAAAUGUUAAUUUAGGGCAAGUUUGUGGCUUCAAGUAUUAAGGCAGCUUUAGAGGUUGUACUACACAAACCGAAAAGGUCCAGUGUUCAUUGUACUCUUGAUAAACUGUUCCAGAUACUGCAACAGUGUGGCCUUGACAUAAACUCCACAUGCUGGGGCUACCCCUGUACUUUUGACUGUCUGCUGUUUCAGAUUUGAUUGUAAAAGUUUACAAUAGUGGUGUAUUUGUAGAUUGCUGCAGCAAAGCCUACCGUAAGACCUCAGAAAAAAAAAUCCUCUCAGAAAAUAACACUUCUAUGCACAGGGAUGUAUCAUUGUAUCCUGAAGGAAUAUCCAGAUAUCCAAUCCAUGAAUUAAGUUUUCUAUAGGGAAAUUUACCACUCUGACUAGAACUCAAGCUUGAUUUACUUGAUCAAGUUGACACUAUUUUGGCACAUUGAUAUUUUAAACAGCAAUAUCUGUAUGGAAAAUAUAUCUCCAGAUACCUAGCAUGCAUAGCUUUUGAACUUUUCAAUUCAAUUACAUCUAACUACAUUUCAGUGCUUAUUAGCAGUAAUUAGUGUUGUUGAUGCUUGUGUUGACCUUCUAAAACCUAUUUUCCAUUCUUAGGAUUUAGAAAUGAGUGGUCUCUCUACAGUACAGGGCAAUGUCCAAAGAUACAUGUUCCAUUGGUCCCAUGCUGAGGUAAUGGCCAGAAAAUAUAGACUGAGCCAAGUCUCAUUACAGAGACUACUUGACUAUUUUGACCCCAUCUUUUUAAAUAAAGUAUAACAAUUCAUAAAUUAUGACAUGGAAGUAACUUUUUGCCUUUGAAAGAAUACGUAUCUUGGCCUUAAGUCUCAACAUAGCCAAAAUGUUUCAGUUAAAGGAUAUGCUUUCAGUUGCAAUUAAUACUUUCUAAUAUAUAUCCUGGGCUGUAUGAAAAUAAUCUAAGGUAGCCUUGCUCUGUAUUGAUUGCUAUUCAGAACUGAAGAUGACUGAAACAACAGCUGGACAACUCUACCACUUUAGUCCCUAGGAAAACACAUUUCAAGAAGACUUGCUCUAGAAGCAAAAAGAUUUAAUAUAUGGUGGCCUAGUUCAAAAUUAUGGUUUUAAUGUUCCCAUGGUGCUCCUUCUGUUGCCAUGCCACAGAUGAAACAAGGCAGAGUCUGGCUUGUCAUGUCAACAGAACCCAGAGCUCUUGACUUGUGCCCUCCAAACCACAAGUUAUAAUGGUUUGUUAAUGGUUUACUGUUUGUGGUUUGUUGGAGGGAGCAAACUAUGAGCCUGGGUUCAAAUGACACAACGAGCCAGACUCGUGACUUAUUUUGUCUGCAGUGUGGGAGCAGUAAGAGUGGAGGAGGAGUGCCAUGGGAACUUCUAAGCAGUGUGCACCAACAUGCUGCUCAUUCACAUUAAACCAUACGUUUGUUUUAAACUAUGGUUCAAUGUGACAUGUGAACCAGCCCAGUAUAUCCCACUACAAAAUUACAGGUUUGAAAUAAACCCUAUAAAUUCAUCAGCAAUUUCUAUACCACACAGGUCUGUGAUUAUUACAGUAAAGAAAAAUGCUUUUCCUCCCUAUUUGUUUUGAUUUGUAGUAAUAGAAGCUUUCACUGUGUUGACCUCAUGCUAUACAAAUGUUAUAAAAUCCUUCCAUUCAUGUUAUGGUUCAUGUUCCUAGUGGUCUUGCUUAGCACCAAGUGAAAAGGCUUCUUGAUUUUUUUUAGCGUUGGCACAGCAAGUUUUUUUUCCAGAUACAUGGAUAUAUUGGACUGUUGACAACUUUCUGUGGAGUUGGAGGAAUUGCUGGCUGAGUAAGGAGGGAGGAUAUUUCCUUUAAGGAAAGGAAUAGUGGUUCCGAAGGUAAAGGUGUCCCCGCACUUAUAGUGCGAGUCAUUUCCGACUCUUAGGGUGACGUCUUGCAACCUUUACUAGGCAGACCGUAUAUAUGGGGUGGGAUUGCCAGUUCCUUCCCCGGCCUUUCUUUACCCCCCAGCAUAUCCCGGGUACUCAUUUUACCGACCACGGAUGGAUGGAAGGCUGAGUGGACCUCGACCCCUUUUACCAGAGAUUUGACUUCCUCCUUCUGUUGGAAUCGAACUCUGGCCGUGAGCAGAGCUUCGGCUGCGUUACUGCCGCUUACCACUCUGCACCACGGAGGAUCAUCGGUUCCGAAUGUAGUGGCUCUUAAAUCUAGCAGUCUCAAGUGUGCCUUAAAGUCUCUGGAAUUUUGAGCAGCGUGACAAGAAUAUUUUUGACUUUGGAUAUUAUCAGUGGCCCUCAAACAUGGAACAGUGUCAAUUCCAUAUUUGACACUUGUGGAUAAGCUAAAGAAAAUUAAAAGCUCAGUAGACCAUUGGAUAGCUAGGCCUUUUUGCAUCUUUCCUUUUUUUCCUCAUUGUAACUCUGCAAUCACAUAGUCAUGAGUGCUUUUUGGUUACAAUACAGUAUGUAGUCCUGGAUGCAAAACACACCAUUUUCCUAAAAUAAGACGCUCUAUCUUGUUAAUAAGGCAGUUUAAUCUCUUACGAAGCCAAAUCAUUUUCAAGUCUCAACCUACACAAGUUUUCAGUAUCCAUUCCAUUAAAGUGUUCUUGGAUAACACCUCUGUAACUUCCUUCCCCAACCAUUAAAAUAGGAAAUUAAUGCACCAUAUGUUUGUUUAUUUUGGCAUUCCUUAGUGUAUUGCCAUUUUGAAAGCACCAUUUAAUGAAACAUGAGGGUAGUAUAAGGACCAGAUCAUCUUUUGCAUUGCUUGCCAUUUGUGUUAUGCUUUGAAGUAGCUGAUAAGUCAGGUGGCUCUGCUGCUAUGCUCUGCCAGAGGUGUGCAACCCAUGGUCCUCCAGUUGUUGUGGACUACAGUUUCCAUAAUCCCUGACAGCCAUGCUCACAGGAGGUGAUGGGAGUUGGGAAGUCCAAGAACAUAUCAUGGGCCACAAAUCCCCGACCCCUGUGCUGCACUGUCUCUGUACCAUUAAAGGUAGUUGUAUACAACCUUGCUGGAUGUCAUUGAUCAAGCAGAUUAAGGCUAAUAAGUGUUUCUAACUGCAUCACUGCUUAGAUCUAAUAGCAAAUCUUGUGACUGCAAAUUUUGUGUACAUUGCAGCAUGUGGUAAAUUUUGGCAGCCUUUAUUAUACCACCAACAUCCACUGAAACAACAAAAUCUUAAUGACUGCAUGUAUAAAGUCUAGCUACACGUUGAGCCAGUGUUCCUUAAAUUUUUCAAGGUAUUUCUCUGGACUGCAUUGUGUGCUGAAAAUAUGGAUUAAGGAUUUAGCAUAUUUAUAAUUUUAGGGGCUGCAUAUCUUCAUCCCCACCACGGAUAAUGGCAGCCAUGGGGGGAGGGGGGAGAAAGUCAUCUUGCCCAUUAAAGAAGAGAAGCAGUUAUGUGCUAAAUUUUAACAUGUUUGCUUCUACUGUAAUGUGUGAAGCAGUCAUUAAACUAAGUUUUUGAAUAUUUUCAAGUGCUUAUACUGAGAGCAAAUCUAUUGCUUAAGGAUUAAAAUGUGACUCAUUUAAUCCCCUAAAUAUUCAUACAUUGCUGCUUUGUAAAUAGUGCAUCAAUUAAAACUCUGAACUGAAUAUGUUGGGUUAAGUAGACGACAGAAGUUUUGGUGGUAGGUCAAAAUGUAUUUUGAAUUAAACCUUUAUGUUCAUAGAAGACUGCUUUUGCUGUUGGUUGUUUUAAAAAGUAGAGAAUUCAGGGGUUAUGAAUCUUCUGCAACGUGCCAUCAAAAGACACCCCUUUUCAUUAUAAUUCUAAUAAAGUACAAUAAGCCUGGAUGUUACUGAGCUUAACUUGGAGAUAAAAGAGUUGAGAAUCAGAUUUCUGUUGAUCAAGACACCUGUGCUGAUAGAAAAGUUUGGCACGCAAGGCUUAAAACAUUGGCCACAAGUUCUCUAUGCCUUUGUAGACUGAAUGUAAAGGUUACAAAACUUAGGGGCUUUUUUGUGGGGGGCAAACAAGAUGCCUUAAUUUAGAGGUAAUCACCAAAAUUAUCUCAAUAGUAUCCUAGAAUACAUUGUAGUAAGGUAAAUGCUUUCUAAUUCUGAAAAGUGACUUUAUAUUCUAAACUAUUCAGCAAACUUAGUAAGAAGUCUGCAGCAAACACUCUCCUAGGUCUACUUACCAGUAUUCUCUUCCUGCUCCCCCCAAAAAACGAAAAAUGUUUUAGGCAUGGCAAAUGGUCAGAAUGUGUGCAUUUUGGUAAAUUGUGAACAUUCACAUAAAACUGACAUGUGCAGCUGAUCAGCUUUUGAAAGAUUUGCCAAAUGUAUGAUGAGCACAAGCAAAUCCUAAGUGUAGAUAAGUCGCAAGGUGUUCCAUCUUUAUGGGGUAUCGGUUUUUGUGUGAGAAACUAACUUGAAAAUAAUCUUUAAAUGGGUGCCUCCUUUACUUGGUACUGUAGAAAAUAACAUACUAAGAGCAUUGGCUUUUUGGUCUUGUACCGUGGGAAGGUUUUGGCAGCUACUUAGUAUUCCUUAUCCUGUUCACUAUGAUGGAUAAAGGAGAUUGAUGGUACUUCAGACUGUCUGCUUUGGUUCUAUAUCAAGGCAACAGGCUAAUUCACUGAACCAUUUUGGGCAUAACGCUAAACUAGUUUAGAGCGUUGUGAAUGAAAAGUGAGCCUUUGGCAUUCCCCCUUCCCUUUCUGGCACAGCUGUGAAGAGAUAAGAAUCAUCCACUUCCUGUUUUAAAUUAAUCCUUUGUCUUGGUGUAUCUGAACCAACCCGGCAUGGGAAACCGGUCAAAUAAUUCUGGUCAGUUUAAUCUAUGGUUUGUUAAUGAGCUGGGAUCAUAAACCACGGAUAAACUGGCUAGUUUAAAACAGGAAGCAGAUGCUUCUGAUCUUGCAUCCACAUUGGAGGAGGAGAGAUAAAGGAGCAUUAGUUCAAGACUGUUUUUUGCUUGUUCAUGAGCACUAAAGCAUGGGUGGUUAACCUUUGGUCCUCCAGAUGUUGGUGGAUUCCAACUCCUAUGGCCAGUGGACAUGAAUGAUGGGAGCUGUCGUUCAAUAUCUGGAGGAGCCACAGAUUAUCUGCCUCUGUACUAAACCAUAGUUUAGCAAUACACUGGAAACAGGCUGGUUUGAUGAUACUCCUUUGUGACAAGCUAGAUGGUGGAUAAAAGAACUUGUUCUAUAAUCACAGUUUAAAGUCUGAUACUACUUAUCAGAUGAACAUUUUAACAAAUAAUUAUGCCUCAUGCACUUAUUUCUGUUAUAUCUGGACAACAAUUCACUGAAGCCAAGAGUUUAUCAUAAAAUUGGCUUUUUAUAAAAUGGGCUACAUUUAAUACAUGUGUUAUGAAAUAAGUUUCAGAAUUUCAGAAAGAGCCGUUCCUAAGCUUGUGUGUUGAUCGUCAUAGCUAUGUUAAUUCAGAUAACAUAAUUUGUUCUAUGUAUUCCUUUGCUGGCUGAAUCCAUUGCUAUUUUUAUUUGUAUUGUGAAUAUAGUAUUUUGAAUAAUGUGAACAGAAUUCUGGAACCUAAAUAAAUUUAAAUGUUCACUUCAGCUUUGGAUGAUAAUGCAUUUCAAGCAAUAGUUACACUUUGCAGCUUGUUUGCUUGAGGUUCAAUCAUUACAAAAGGAUUUUUAAAUACGUUUUGUAGGGGGAUGCUUCAGUAUACAACAGUACAUGUUAAUAUCUACAUUAAUAGGAAAUAGCGAAUAUUUCCUAUUUUACCACCUGUUAAUGGUGGUUGGCAUUUUAACUGAUUUUUAAUUGUCUGAAAGAUCAAAUUGUACUUGGAAAAUACUUUUUUGAUUCCAUUGCAAAUUCAUAUUCUGCAAACUUAGUGUGCAUGUAACAUUUACCUUAACAGCUGUUUCGAAUAAUUUGCCUUACUGUUGCAGUGAACUUACCGUCUCUUCUCUGUUUACUAUUCUGACAAUGGUGUAAAAAUGUACAUCUUGCAAAUUGUAAUUCGUAUUUGCUAAAUUAUUUAACACAUCUCUUGUAAAUUGUUUAAUUUAUUUUCAUAAUUGCUGUCCUGUGACAUUUUCAUGCAACCAAAUGAUAGAAGCCUAUACCCUAAUCAUUCCUAUCAGGACUGUAUAAAAACUUUCUGCUGCUUACAUGAGUAAAUGUGAAAUUUAAUUUGGUUGUAUGAUGACCACUUUUUGUUUUUCCUUGUUUUGCUGUUGUUCUGUAUGAACUGACAGAACUUUUCCUUUUUUUCUAAACAAGUACCAAUGGUUGGUUCUCUCUCCCAUACUUUUUAAUUCUGUGUACCAUUGCAAGCUGUCUUAAUAAAGGGAUGAGAAACCUG